AUGAACAGCGACAACAGCAUCAUGUCGGUCGUCCGCAGCGCCCGUCUCUCUAAGCUGUUGAUCUUCUCCUAUGUCGUCGACUGGAUCCUAAUCUUCCUGAUCGUGAUCGUGGGAGCUAUCUUUGCGAUUAUCACUCCGAAUAAACGGCCGUUCUCCCUCACCAACCCUGGAAUCUCGUUCCCUCAUGUCGAAGAGACGGUCUCCGUCCCUCUACUUGGCCUCGUGGCCUUGGUCGCUCCAGCCGCCAUCAUCUUCAUCAUCUGCGCCCUUCUCGUCCCAGGCCCUACCGUGCCAAAAUCGACCCCGAAGCAAUUGAUCUUCCAACGAAAGCUAUGGGAAUGGCACACAGGCUGGCUGGGCCUCGCUCUCUCGCAGGCCGCGGCUUUCCUCAUUACGAGCGGGAUGAAGAACUUGUUUGGCAAGCCCCGUCCGGAUCUACUUGAUCGCUGCCAGCCGGACAUUCCCAACCUCUCGGAAUACUCUUACUCGGUAUGGGGCGCCGGAAACAGUUUCGCGAACUUCAAUGUGGUCUCUGCCGGGAUUUGUACGCAGACCGACAGCUCGAAGCUGGACGAUGGGUUCCGAUCUUUCCCCAGUGGCCACGCUUCUUUCGCAUCCGGUGGACUUGUCUACCUGAGUCUCUUCCUCGCGUCCAAAUUGGCCAUUACCAUUCCAUUCCUCGCAGCUGGCUCCGAUGCCACUCGACUAUCUGCCUUCCCAUCCCGCACAGAAAAGAGAGCAGUGGAUGGCAUAGGAGGUCGGGACAGGGCUCUGUCUGGAGAACACGCGCCGGAAAUCCCUUCUGGACACGACGAGAAGAUCAUCGCAGCACGGAACCAGGCCGCUGCACCUCCGAUCUACCUCUUGGUGAUUGUGGUCAUACCUUUCUUCGCAUCCGUCUACAUUACCGCUUCUCGAUACUCGGACUUCCGCCAUGACGGCUUCGACCUUUCCUUCGGAUUCCUGCUCGGAGCCAUCACUUCCUUGUUCGCAUUCCGCUACUAUCACCUUCCCAUUAACCAAGGCGCCGGUUGGAGUUGGGGACCCCGAUCGAGAGACAGAGCUUUCUGGGCUGGUGUCGGGGUAGGAAACUACGCAGGAGACAGGGAGCCACGGUCCGAGGCUGUAAGGCAGACUGCUACGGGUCUGGAGGCCGGGGCGGGCGUACAGAGAAUCAGCGUGGCGAAUGAUGACCGCAUCGAACUCCUCGACUACGGGCGUAACCCGCAGCGGAGACCAUGGGUAUGA